ACAGAGAGUCGCCGACCCCAUCCGAUCCUCACUCCUUCCCCAUAUCUUUAAUUAAUCCUAUUCAAUUCACACCUUGAUCAAUUCUCUCCCCAUCUCUAUCUCCCUGCCUGCCGCUCCUACUUCUACUCGCUUCCCUUGAUUAUUCCAUGGAGCAUCACCACGGCCACCUCCACCACCACCGGCUCAGCCCUUACCCAACGCUGAACCCGGGCCCAGUGGCAUCGGCGCAAGACCCCGACGGGGGCGGCGGCGGAGGUGGCGCUGACCAGCGGCUCCCGCAGUGGAGCCACGAGGAGACGCGGGAGUUGCUCUCCAUCCGGGCGCAGCUCGACAAGAGCUUCACGGAGACGAAGCGCAACAAGUCGCUUUGGGAGGCUACCUCCUCCUUGCUCCUCCUCAAGGGCUUCUGCCGCACACCAGAGCAGUGCAAGUCCAAGUGGAAGAAUCUCGUCACCCGCUUCAAGCAGGGGAGCGAGUCGUUGACGGAAAGCGAGAAGCAGCACUUCCCUUUCUACGAGGAUAUGAGGAGAAUAUUCUCUGACCGGGCGGCGGCGGCGCCGUCGCCGUCGGAGAAGGGGAAGCAAGCAGUAUUGCAAGUGAAGGAGUUGGACGAGAGGGAGUUAGCGUCGGAGGAGGAGGAUAGCGGGAAAGCGGGGAGGAAGAAGAAGCGGAAACUUGAUCACCAAGUGGCGGCGGAGAUGUCGAAGCCUACGGCGGCGAUCAAUGUGGCGGUGCGGGAGUUCAUGCGGCAGCAGAUGGAGAUGGAGGCGCGGUGGCUGGAGGCGACGGAGUCGCGGGAGUUGGCCCGGCGAGCGGAAGAGGAGGAGUGGCGGCGGCUCAUGGAGGCGCUGCGAGCCGAGCGGGCGGAGAUGGACCGGCGAUGGCGGGCGAGGGAGGAGGAGCGCCGGGCGAGGGAGGAGGCGCGCGCUGAGCGCCGCCACCAGCUCCUGGUGGCCCUCCUCGACAAGCUCAUCUCUCAGAAAGAUUAAGAUUGCUCACGAUCGAAAAGUGCGAGAUAAACUGAAAUGGAUGAACAAGUAUAUUGAGAGAGGAGAUGAAAGAGA